AUGGAGGCCGCCAGUUCCGGGUGCCAAAAGCAGGAUGAAGAUCCGCCAAGGCCCGGCCCAGGUCUUUCAGAGCUGAAGGCUGGCAUGGCGCUGGAGGCGUACUUUCGCUUACCGGACGGCAAGCAAAGCUGCAGCCCUUUCGACGGUGAGUGCAAGGAGUGUUUCGCCUCUGGCAUUGACGUCUUCUUCGAUUUCGGCAUUGUUCAGCACGUACCGUGGACCUGGGUGGCCGCUGUGGAGGGCAAAAGCAUCGUCAACAAGGAGCAGGCCGAGGAGGCCCUCCACGACGCUGCGCGGCCGAGUGGAGAGGUGCCCACUACCACGGCUUCCAGCGGUUCUGAGGAGCAGAAGAGUGCCGAGGAGCUACGCCGGCAGGAGGAGCUUCGCCAGGAGAGGGAAGAACAAGAGCAGCGACACAAGCUCAUCAGGCUCGGGAAGUAUCUGCAGACCAAGACUAUGCACGUGGUCCGCCGCGACGCCCGUGCCAUCCGCCGUGAGCACGCCGAAAGGGUGAAGCAGCAGGAGCUCGAGCAGCAAAAGAAGGAGGCUGAAGCAAGAAGGAGGGAGGAGGAUCAGCGGCGGAGGGAGCAGCAAGAGCGUCAGAGGAGGCAGAAAGAGGAGCAGGAAGUGCGUCGGAAGCAGGAAGAAGAGCGGCGCAAUGCCAUCGAGGAGAAGAAGCGAGAGAAACUCCAAGCGAAGGCACUGCUCGCCCAGCAGGAUGCCGAGAAGCAGGCAGAGGAGCAGCGAAAGCAGCAGGAGUUCAUCGAGCAGAAGCGACAAGAGAUGGAGAGGCAUGAGGAGUCCGAGCGACUUCGUGAAGAGCAGCGGCGAGUCGCGGAUCUUCAGCGCAAGGAAAUGGCCCGAGCCAGGACGGAGCAGAAGAAAGAAGAGGAGGCCCGGCGCCGGGAGCGACUCCUCUCGCGGAAGCAGGGCUACUCCUGGAGGGCCGAGGUGGAAGCGGCUCAGAGACAAAGGCAAGGGGACCCAGUGGAGCCGGCUCAGCCCAAGACGGCUGAGAAGAUGGACGAGGAGGUCCAGGACGCCGCAACGAAGCGGAGGCUGCAGAUCGAGGAGCAGCAAAGGAAGCGCAGGGAAGAAGAAGAGAGGCGCAAACAGCAGUCCGCGAACUCGGACGUUGACAAAGCUGUUUCCGGAAACGAGACGUAUGAGGAGAAGAAACUGCGGCUUAUGGCCCUUGCCCGAAAGAAGCGUGAGGAGGUGGCGGCUACCGCCAAAUCCAGGCUGGCAAAGAUGCGCUUCUCCGGCGAAAGCGAUGAGGACUCUGACAAGGUCGACGACUUCAUGGUGUCCAGCCGGCGGGCAAAGGAGCAGCAGAAUGAAGCCAAGGACAUGGACAAGCCGAAAGAAGUGUCCAAGCCAGCUCGACAUGCAAAGGACUAUUCGCAGGCGCCAGUGGUCUCCGAUUCUGAAGAAGCCGACGAGGAGGCUCCUCCAGAGAAGAUCGAGUUGCCAGCUGCACCGGCUCAGCGUCCAGAGGAGCCAAGCACGGAGUUCGAAGUCGGAGACGACUGCGCACCUUCCGAGCCGCCGGAAGCUGUGGACAAGGAGGAGGAGAAGACGGAGCAAGCCCAGGAGACUGACGAGAAGGAGAUAUCCAAGGAUUCGGAGAAGACUGAGAGCGUGGUCUCGCCGAGUCAGGACGCGCAAGAGGAAUCGUCUGAGCAAGUCAACGCCGAAGAGCCCAUACUGACGGCCGACAAGCUCUCCGACAGCGUCCAGCCGAAACCUCCCUGCGUUGAGGAGCAGGUGUCCGAGCCAGAAGCCGAUGCCCAAGCGGAGGAAGAAGAGGCUCAGAGUGAGGACGAGGAGGAGGAUGCGUCGUUUUCGGAGGAGUCCGAAGAAGAGGAAGACACUGAGGAAGACGAGUUGGAAGAGAUGGGAGAGCCUGCGACGGUUGAGGAGGAGGAUGAGGAGGAGGAGCAGCAGCAGGAGGAGGAGGAGGAGGUGGAAACCCUUCCGAAGCCCGAAAGCUUCAAUGCGCCCUCGGCGCAAGUGGAAGAAUCCGAGGAGGAGGAGGACGCCGAAGAAGUGCAGCCACCCGAAGAAGCCAAGGGCGAGGAAAAGGAGCAUCGGAAUCAGCAGCCCGAGCCAGAUGCAAUCCGGGCACAGGCGCCAGCGGUGCGCGCACCGUCUGUGCAAGCAAUUUUGGGCGCCAAGGAGCUGCUUUUGAAGAGUUUAGAGCAGGAGGAGUGGAAGAUGCUGCAUGAGGCCGAGCAUGUGCCCGAGACGCGGCUUUGCCGGCUGUCGGGUGGGCUGUCGGCUGCGGUGGCCGAGCCCAUGCACAGCGAUGCCGCAUGGGUCCUUGGGAAUCCCACAAAGCGGAGCGAAGCCGUGGCGUGGAUGGAGGCUUGCAGCUCCGAUUCACCGAACGUCGAUGUGUUCGAGGCUGGGCAAGGCUCCCCGAAGCUGCCUGCCGAAGCCGAUGACGAGGUCUUCGAGAUUUCCGCCUCCAAAGAGAUGCAAGCCGAGCCCGACGACGAAGUGUUCGAGGUUCAACGCCCGCAAGACCAAGAAGAAGAAGUCUUUGAGGUCAUGCGGUCGGAUGAGACUCGACCCACGCCAGCGGACGAGCCUAUCGAGGAGCUGCACUCCGAUUCGGAGGAGGAGCUACUUGAGGCCGAAGACUCGGCCGAGAUGCGACCAGAGGCGGAGGAGCUCAAUGCCGAGUCGGAGGAAGAGCUUGUUGAGGUGAGAGGCUCCGAGGAGCGCGCCGAGGCGAAGGACGAGGUUCUCGAGGCUCCGAGUUCCGAGGAGAAAGCUGAGCCCAAGGACGGGGUGAUGGAGGCCGAAAGCUCCGAAGAGCAAGCAGAGACCAAGGAAGAGGCUAUGGAGGUCGAGGGCUCCGAAGAGCGAGCCGAGUCCAAGGACGAGGUUAUGGAGGUCGAGGGCUCCGAAGAGCAAGCCGAGAUGGAGGAGGAGGCAUUGGAGGCCGAGAGCUCCGAAGAGCAAGCCGAUACGGAGGACGAGCUUAUGGAGGUCGAGGGCCCCGAUCAGCAUGCCGAGAACAGGGACGAGGUCGACGGCUCUGAAGAUCAAGGCUCAGGCAAGGACGAGCUUAUGGAGGCCGAGGGCUCCGAAGAGCGAGCCGAGUCCACGGACGAGAUUAUGGAGGUGGAGGGCUCCGAAGAGCAAGCAGGAACCAAGGACGAUCUUAUGGAGGUCGAGGCUUCCGAAGAGCGAACCCAGUCCAAGGACGAUCUCAUGGAGGUUUUGCUGCUGCAGUGCAAAAGCAGGCAUCACACCAGCUGUUUGCGCGAGGUCGAGGGCUCCGAAGAGCGAGCCGAGACCAGGGACGAGGAAUUGGAGGUUCUGCAGUCUGAAGUCCAGGCGGACAGCACCGACGAGGUGCCAGGCUCCCAGGAUCUACCAGCCGAGACCCAGGAGCUGGUUGCCGAGGCUUCUUCGUUGGAGCUCGAGACCCCCGGCGCCUUUGGCGGAGACGUGCUGGCUCCGGCCGGAGGCGAUCUCAAGGAGGGUCUUCGCAGCCGCCUUCGCGCCUUCUUGGAUCAGCGGAGGCAAGAGAAGGAGAAGUUCCGGGAUCUCGGCCUCGUCGAGGCACCGGACGUGGACCAGGAAGAGCUGCGCCGAGCAUUGCUGGAGCUCCUCGAAUCAAAGCGCCUGGAGAAGUUGGCUCUGAUGCUCAGCCGCCGUCAAAGGCUCCAUGAGCUCCUCCAACGAAAGCGGGAAGAGCUGGCGACUGCGGGAGCAUCGCCGGAGCGCGAGGUCGGAGAGGAGGAGAGCGCGCAGCGCCAGCGCCUGCGCGAGUUCCUCCAGACGCGGCAGCUGGCGCCCCCUGCAGCUCGGGACAAAAGAGAAGAUGCGAAGCCCUUGAGAAAGAACUCGGCCACGAAGGACGACAAGGAUGCCGAGGAUUCCAGAAGCAAAGCCGCAGAACAUUUGGCCGCAGCAGCAGCUGCGAAAGAGGCUGCCGAAAAGGCUGAAGAGGAGAGUUUGGCUGCAGCCAGCAAAGCCGAAGAGGAACGCUUGGCCGCAGAGGCAGCUGCAAAAGAGGCUGCCGAGAAGGCUGAAAAGGAGCGUCUGGCUGCAGCCCGCAAAGCCGAAGAGGAACGCUUGGCGGCAGAGGCAGCUGCGAAAGCUGAAGAGGAGCGUUUGACUGCAGCCCGCAAAGCCGAAGAAGAACGCUUGGCCGCGGAGGCAGCUGCAAAAGAGGCUACCGAGAAGGCUGAAAAGGAGCGUCUGGCUGCGGCCCGCAAAGCCGAAGAGGAACGCUUGGCCGCAGAGGCAGCUGCGAAAGCUGAAGAGGAGCGUUUGACUGCAGCCCGCAAAGCCGAAGAAGAACGCUUGGCCGCAGAGGCAGCUGCAAAAGAGGCUGCCGAGAAGGCUGAAAAGGAGCGUCUGGCUGCAGCCCGCAAAGCCGAAGAGGAACGCUUGGCCGCAGAGGCAGCUGCGAAAGCUGAAGAGGAGCGUUUGACUGCAGCCCGCAAAGCCGAAGAAGAACGCUUGGCCGCAGAGGCAGCUGCAAAAGAGGCUGCCGAGAAGGCUGAAAAGGAGCGUCUGGCUGCAGCCCGCAAAGCCGAAGAGGAACGCUUGGCCGCAGAGGCAGCUGCGAAAGCUGAAGAGGAGCGUUUGACUGCAGCCUGCAAAGCCGAAGAAGAACGCUUGGCCGCAGAGGCAGCUGCAAAAGAGGCUGCCGAGAAGGCUGAAAAGGAGCGUCUGGCUGCAGCCCGCAAAGCCGAAGAGGAACGCUUGGCCGCAGAGGCAGCUGCGAAAGCUGAAGAGGAGCGUGUGGCUGCAGCCCGCAAAGCCGAAGAAGAACGCUUGGCCGCAGAGGCAGCUGCAAAAGAGGCUGCUGAGAAGGCUGAAAAGGAGCGCCUAGCUGCAGCCCGCAAAGCCGAAGAGGAACGCUUGGCCGCAGAGGCAGCUGCGAAAGCUGAAGAGGAACGUUUGACUGCAGCCCGCAAAGCCGAAGAAGAACGCUUGGCCGCAGAGGCAGCUGCAAAAGAGGCUGCCGAGAAGGCUGAAAAGGAGCGUCUGGCUGCAGCCCGCAAAGCCGAAGAGGAACGCUUGGCCGCAGAGGCAGCUGCGAAAGCUGAAGAGGAGCGUUUGACUGCAGCCCACAAAGCCGAAGAAGAACGCUUGGCCGCAGAGGCACAAAGCGGAAGUGCUUUCAGAUCUGCUUUCUGCAUUUUGGUCCUGGGAGUUGUCCGCGGCCAUAGGGCAGCUGCCAAUGAAGCUGCCGUGAAAGCAGAGGAGGACAUCGCAAAUGCAAGGGAAGCUCGGAAGAAGGAGUUGCACGAGAGAAUGAAGGCACUCCUGCAAAGAAAGCGAGCGGAGGCGUCCGACGGCGUCCCACAGGAACGAGUGGCCGAAGAGGUCGCUGCUAAAGAGGCAGCGGAGAAGGCAGAGGAGCAGCGAGUGGCUGCAGCCAGGGCCGAGGCAGCUCAAAAAGCUGAAGAAGAGCGCUUGGCCCAAGCGGCUGCUGCCAAGGAGGCGGCUGAAAAGGAAGAGGAAGCGCGCUUGGCCGCGGCCAAGGCAGCUGCGGCGCAAAAGGAGGAGGAUAUUGCAGACGCAAGGGAAGCUCGGAAGAAGGAGUUGCAUGAGCGAAUGAAGGCACUCCUGCAAAGAAAGCGAGCGGAGGCGUCUGACGACGUCCCGCAGGAACGAGUGGCCGAAGAGGUCGCUGCUAAAGAGGCAGCGGAGAAGGCAGAGGAGCAGCGAGUGGCCGCAGCCAGGGCCGAGGCAGCUCAAAAAGCUGAAGAAGAGCGCUUGGCCCAAGCGGCUGCUGCCAAGGAGGCGGCCGAAAAGGAAGAGGAAGCGCGCUUGGCCGCGGCCAAGGCAGCUGAGGCUCAAAAGGACGAGGACCUCGCAGACCUGCGAGAAGCUCGGAAGAAGGAUUUGCAUGAGAGAAUGAAGGCUCUCCUACAAAGAAACCGAGCGGAGGAAGAUGAGGAGGACGAUGAGGAGGACGAGGAAGAUGAAGAUGAGGACGAAGAGGAGGAGGAAGAAGAGGAGGAGGAAGAGGACGACGAGGAAGAAGAAAUGGCAAGCCACGAACAGGCGGAGAGCGCUGGAACGGUUCCGACCGCCCAGGGCUCCAGAGCUGCCGUGCAGCGGCCGUUGGUGCCGGACAGUGACGACGAAGAAGACGAGGAGGAGUCAGAAGAAGAGGGCUUCAUGAGCAUCAUGAAGGGGCUUCAGGCACGGCGUGCGAAGCCCGGCGCUGCCGAUUCCGCCUCCUCAUCCCAGGUGCCAGAGCCAAAGAAAGCCAAGCAGCCGGCCGGCAAGCGGGACGAGGAGGCAGAGCUGGAGCGCGAGCGGAAGGAGGUAGCCAGAAGGACUCUGGAGCUGAUGGAGGCCAGGCGAAUGGUCGACGCAGCUUUGGAAGGCGACACCGGCAAAAAGAAGAGCCGCAAGCGCAACUACGUGAACAAGCGAUGCAGCGUGCACCUUAUCAGGCAGAAGAUGGAUGAGGAGCUGGCGGCUCAGGAGAGAGGCCCGCGGUACGUGAACAACGUGGCGAUCUUCGUCAAGAAGGGGCAGAAAGACAUCGACGCCAACACGGCCGAUGUCUUGGUGAAGAAAGAUGAGAAGGAGAAGGCGAAGAAGGCCAAGGAGAAGGAUGAGAAGAAGUCCGCCAAGGCCUCGGAGUGA